UAUGUACGUUUAGGAGGCGGCUGUUCUUCUCUACGUGACUAAGGAGGCUGCUAUUUUCAUUCUUGUAUCUCAGAAAAAGAAAAGAUCUGAGAAACAAUGGCUUACGCUCCUCCUAACAUGAAGCAGACGAAGCCGGGUUUGGAAGAAACCCAGGAACAGAUCCACAAGAUCAGGAUCACCCUCACCUCUAAGAAUGUUAAAAACCUCGAGAAAGUUUGUGGGGAUUUGGUGAAAGGUGCCAAAGACAAGAGAUUGAGGGUAAAAGGACCCGUGAGAAUCCCCACCAAGGUUCUUCGCAUCACAACUAGGAAGUCUCCUUGUGGUGAAGGAACCAACACAUGGGACACUUUUGAGCUUCGUGUCCACAAGAGGGUUAUUGAUUUGUUCAGCUCACCAGAUGUUGUGAAGCAGAUCACUUCUAUUACCAUUGAACCUGGUGUUGAGGUUGAGGUCACAAUUGCGGACUCAUAAAUCCGGCGAUUUCAAUGAUUGUUUUGUCUGCACUUAUAAUUAAUAGUCUUAAAUUACUAUCUUUCCUUGUGUGUUAUCUUUGGUGCACUAUUUCUUCUUAAUGUUUUGUAGCUGAAUAUCUUUUAUUUUAUGAUCUAGUUGUUUUGACAAU